AUGAGCUCAAACCUCUGUCAGCAGAGUCAGGCCCACCGUCUCUACAGCCUGUACUUGCACUAUGACGCCUCUCACGCUGCGAAGCAUGAGGACCCAGAGUGCAAGGCCGUCCUCAAGCAAUGCUUCGCCCUUCUAGAGAAAGACUAUGUCGUAGGCACGGUCGCAAACCACAAUGGCCAGCUCUGUUCGUCCUAUCCGUCCGAGCUAGCCAUCCUCGAAAAGUCUCGUCGCGCACCUACCACUGACACGACCACCACGGUCGAUCCUCGUCCAGACACCCAUUCGAUCCCCUCCGACAACCAGGAUCUCUUUCAAGUGAACAGUGGUGAAGAAUCCUUCUCACCCCAUCCUGCCCUUUCUCCCCACCGACCAACCUUCCCGCCAACGCUGGACUCCCAUACUCGAAAACUUCCCUCGGCAUCCUCGGCAUCCUCUUCAUCCUCCUCACCCUUUAUUUCACGGACCUCUAACACCGCCAACAACAAUGACAAUCUGCUCCACAACAACACCGACUUUGACCGCGAGCUUUCCCGCCCUGUUGACAUGGAUAACUCCUUUCUGGAGGAGACAGGCGAUCAGAGCUUUGAUCUUGGAGAGAGCGGGAUGAUGUCGUUCCAGGACAUCAAAACAGAGCUCGACUUGAUCCAGACCCCUCAAAGUCCACACCAACGUCAUGUCUUGCCGUUCCCUUUCCGGAUACCCAGACCUGAGAAGAAAGAGAGCGUUGCAAUAAAAGAAUAUGUGCCUUCUCCUCCUACCACGGACCCGGUCUCCUCGCACAGUGGGAAGACACAGACACCUGGCCUACAGUUGGUAGACAAGGACAAAGUGAACGAUACCCAUGAGCUCUCAAAGCAGUUCGAAAAAUCACACUUUGCGCGCGUCCGGGCUCGAUUUGUGAUCCCCUGCAUCCUGGUUCGAGGCAAGAACAUUUGCCGAUCUGCGACGCUGUCCAACGAAGUCGAGGUCUUUAUGCAUAGCGUCAACCAAAAGAUUAUCGAUCUGAACCAGAAGCGCAAGAUGUUUCUCUACGGAACAGGAGAGAGGAGUCCGGACAAGGAAGAGCGCGAGUCGUCGUUGGAGAAGCAGCGUUUAGAGGACAUUGAGCUAUUGCACCAGCUGGGAGUCACAUACAUUAAUGAUCUCAUGGUGGAGAAUCGCAAAGUCAAAUAUGGCCUCAAGGUCACCUCGUCGGAAAAGGUCGACUCGUUUGGGCGGUACUCAAAGUUCAAAUUGGUGGCAACUCCCUAUCCUGGUGUCGAGUUUUUCCAAAAGUUCAAGGCGAACAAAUACUCUGCUCGGAAGCUCUGCUUCGACUGGUCUCAAAACUUUGCCGAUGCCGAACUCCAACUACCGCCGGGCCAUGCCGACUAUCUAGGGAUCCGUUGGAGGGAUUACAAGAGCUGGGACUUGAUUGAGUUGACACAGAACUACCUCCGCCUGUACCUCACGCAUGUUUCUGACGACUCUAGCGAUCAGACCAUCCCUGAGACUGGCAGGCAGUUAUCAAAGGGCUGGGAUCGUACGCCGCUGUUUAUCUCAUUACUCAGGAUAUCGUUAUGGGCGGAUGGAGAAGCGCACGAGUCUCUGACAGCUGCAGAGAUUCUCUACUUGACGAUGGGAUACGACUGGUUCUUAUUCAACCAUUUGCUGGCAGAUCGUAGUCAGCGAGGCGAAGACAUCUUCUACUUUUGCUUCUACUUCCUCAAGUUCAUCUACAGCGAAGAGUUCUCCCUGUCCUCGAUAUCCAGCACCAACAAGAUGGGCAAAGAGGCGUCUAAGCAAACAUCUCGACAGGCAACACCUCGUUCACCGCUGCUGAAGGAUAUAGGACGAGUCAGGAAUGGCGUAUUCGCAUCAGCAUCUCCUGAUCCUGUGGACCCCAACAGUGCCAUAUGCGAUGAGUGCCAGGUGCGUAGGAGGCCCUCGAUCGGCCGAGAUGCCUCGUCCAUCAAGAACAGUCACGAUGCCGCUUCGUCGACAGACGGCAAACCUUCCAGUUGGCAGUUUGUCAGCUUUUCGACUCCACCUGGGCGAGAUAGACAUGGGUCGCCUCGUGCUCCUUUUGCCCCAACCCUGCAGGCAAUAUCCAGAACAUCAGGAUCACCCUUGGGUGCCAAACGUGGUUCCUUUCCGCCUGGGUUCAUUGAGGAUAUGAGAGUAGCACCUGGGGAACAUGGGUCCCCAGACAUACAGCAUUCAUCAUCCAACGCCAGCCCGUUCACGUUCAAUGAUGGACGCCUCCGACUUGGCGUCCAGCAAUUCAAUGCCCGUCGAUCAUCUUCGAGCAGUAUACCCGGAUUAUUUGCAGACGAGUCGGAGCGGCACCAGUCUCCAGGAGUCUUGGCGUCAGAGUUUGCUCGUGUGUCGACCUCGCCCAAUUUGCUGAGCGAACAGUCGCGCGGAGAGAGUGACGGCAUGUCAAGUGAGUCUGGAUCGAAAGGAACCACUGGUGAAAAUCGUAGUGCGCCUCGCAAGAGAGCAUCGACUUUUGACGGAGGGCUGUUGCUCUCUUCUGGUCAGGACUCGCAUCUCGACCACGACGAUAUGGGCUCCAAGAACGGGUACGAGGAAGAGGAAGAGGAAGAGGAAGACGAUCUCACCAGCGGCGACGAUGACAACGUGAACGACGAGACGAGCAAGCCCAAGGCAGCAGAAGCAGUUUGCUGCCAGUUCUGCCACCAGCCCAUCUUGUCUGGAUCGCGUCCUGCUCAAGUCCAUUCUGACUCAACGGAGGCUAUGUUUGCUGUUACCAGGCAGACCGCGCCAGCCCACGCCGAGGUCCUGCGGCACUCUCGUCAAUCCAUCAAAGUCAACGCCAACCAGCUUCAGGAUCGUGUCCGGAGCAUUGAGGGACUUCAUACCGAUGACUAUGCUGGAGCAUAUCGUGACAGUGCCGCCAACGAGUGUGAUCGCGAGGAGAAUAUGUUCCAACUCGAGAUUGAUGAGCGACCUGCCUAUCGACGAUGCAGCGAAGGAGCAGAGCUCGACUGUCUGGAUCCUUCAUGUCUGUCCAACUCGGGAGGAUACCAUGACCCCAUGUGCAGCAACUCGUGUGGGGAGUCGGAUCAACUAGCUGGAAAGGCGUCCUGCAUCGCCAACGACACUGAGAGCAUUGAAGGGGACGAGAAUGAGAGCUUUUGGGAUGAGACAUCGACGGUCGACUAUGGAUGUAGUCCUGCCAGUCUCUUGAAUGGGUUUGGAUUGGGUUUGACCAAGUGUGAGCCUGAGGCUGGCUCAGGCAAUGGCAAGAUCGGUACUGGAAACUCUGGGGCUCGCGGGAUCAAGUCUGCUCAAGGCAGAGUGGAUUCGGAUGAGGACGAUGAAGAUGAUGACGAAGAUGACGACGAAGAUGAUGACGACGAUGGCACAGCCAGUAUCAGCUCGCGUCGAAGCAGCAUCAAGAAUGAUCACCACGAGAACGACCACCUCUUCGCCCCCUCCCUCGAAGGAGUGUUCUCGAACAGCACAAGGUCUCGCAGACGGUCAGGACAAAGCAGGACAUCGAUUCCGAGACCCAUGCACCCAGCGCAGAGCCACGAAUCGGGCUAUUCCUUGGCGGAUCAAGAUGGAUCAUUGAAUGGUACUGCGCGCGGAGAUACUGGCGCUGGUGUGAAGUCAAGUUCUGAUAAAUCCCGGACGCUGACCCGGCGACAAAAGCUCAAGCAACUUCGACGUCUGUUCAUGGACAUUCGAGGCGAGAUUGGAGACGGAUCACGACCUCCAAGCCGGGCGCUCGAUAUUGCCAACAACAAAUCAACAGUCGCCUCUGAACUGGAUGAUGAAGAAGAGAUCGGCACCUCACUCAGAGCAGAGUCAUUUUCGGACGACUCUGCCUUUCAGUACCGGUCAUCCAUAUCUUCAUUUGCUCGACACACCGCACCCGUAUCGCCUUCGACGACCUCCUCGAGGCUGCAGGACUUUGGACCCAACCAGUCACCGUUCCAUCGCGGUCCGUUGGUGCGGCCAUAUGGCGAAUCACCUAUCGUCUCGCCAACAGCUCAAUAUCAGCACCGCUCGCAGCAUCAGCAGCACAGCCAAGCUCCCCCAGUAGUGCCCUCCGGACGGAAGAGUCCCUUUGAGUGGGCCGCUUCCCUUGGUUCAUCCGCCUCAGAGAUGAUCUCGGGAGGAUUUGGUCAGUCAAGCUCAGGGUCGGGAGUCGUCAGGCAAAGCCCUUCCUUGAAACCGUCUGUCUACCCACAGCACCCUGUUCACCCGUACCAACUGAGCGUGUCACCCUCUCCAGGGUCACCGCAAGUUCACUACCAUCAGCAGCAACAACAUGCGCAUCAUCAGCACCAGUACCUCAGCAACAUCCAGAGCCCAGUGUCAGGAACAACUACACCGAUUGAAGGCUUUCAAGAUGUGGGAUCCCACCUCUCCGAUGAUCGCUCGGGGUUCCGUGGCGUAAGGAGGCAUUCCUUAAUAUCCUCGACCACAUCAUCGACUUCGUCGUCAAAGUUACGCGGAGGUCCAGGCGGUGCAAACGGUAUCAAAGACAAGGGCGGAGAAAACUCUGGGCGUUGGGACUGGAUGCCCGGCAUCUUUGUUUAA